CUCUACCCGAAGUCUGGAGAUUUCAUUCCCUUUCUGAACUGUAGACAGAGGUUUAAUACACUUGAUGCUUCUCCAUCACUCGGAAUAAAUGAAAAUCUGUCUAAGGAAUUUAGAGGAUUUAUAGAUCAGCAAUGCCCUGUGUUCAAACUCAGUAUGGAACUGUGCCCUACGACAACAACUACUUUAUCUCUGAGUUCCUGAACCCUGACCUCAGUGCUAAGCCAGCCAUGGACAUCGGUGCCCAGCGGGACCAGCUCACCGCCUCCUCCCUCCCCAGCAUCAACACCCUGGUGGGCAGCGGCUACGUGGGCGAGUUUGACGCCUACUCCUGCCAGAUCACCGCCUCCAAUGCCCCCUCCGGCCCCGCGGCCGGCGGCAGCUCCAGCCCUCAGGCUCAGCACUCAUCCUUCAAACUGGAUGACCUCCAGGUGUACGGCUGCUACCCAGGCUCCUUUGCCCUCAGCUACCUCGACGAGACGCUGUCCUCCUGCGGCUCCGAUUACUAUGGCAGCCCUGCGUCGGCCACCGCCUCCCCACCCACCCCGGGCUUCCAGAGCCAGCCUGGCUCGGCCUGGGACUCCCCCUUCAGCCCCUACUCCCCAGGCCCUGGGUGCUGGGUGGCUGAUAAGUCAGGCCUAGCUCAGCAACCCUCCUUCUUCACCUUCACCCCCCCGGUGGAGCAGCACUCCCCCCUGGGGCAGCAUCAGGGCCCCCAGCAAGGUGAGGAGGACCCUUUCUUCCAGCCCUCACAGCAGCACGCCUCCCCUCUCCAUUACACCCCCUUAUCCCUGGACCAGGUGUCCCUGGACAGCCCCGGGCUCAUGGAGGGGCCUAUGUUGUCCCCUAAGAUCAGCAGCCCCGGGGCCAACGAGGGUCGCUGUGCGGUGUGUGGGGACAACGCCUCCUGUCAGCACUAUGGCGUCCGCACCUGUGAGGGCUGCAAGGGCUUCUUUAAGCGAACUGUACAGAAGAAUGCUAAAUACGUGUGCCUAGCCAACAAAGACUGUCCAGUAGACAAGCGGCGGAGGAACCGGUGCCAAUUCUGCCGUUUCCAGAAGUGCCUUGUGGUGGGAAUGGUGAAAGAAGUCGUCCGCACAGACAGCCUGAAAGGUCGCAGGGGUCGUCUUCCCUCUAAACCCAAGACUGUACCAGAGUCAGCGUCCACCACACCACCCAUCAACAUCAUCACCUCUCUUGUCAGGGCUCACAUAGACUCCAACCCUGCCAUCGGAAAACUGGACUACUCCAAGUACCAUGAGACAGUGGCCAGCCUAUCAGAUAAAGAGGAUGCCAACGACAUCCAGCAGUUCUACGACCUGCUGACAGGCACCAUGGAUGUGCUGCGGAAAUGGGCCGAGACCAUCCCAGGAUUCACCGCCUUCUGCCCAGAAGACCAGGAGCUGCUCCUGGAAUCUGCUUUCGUGGAACUCUUCAUCCUCCGGCUAGCAUACCGGUCGAGUCCUGAGAAGAACAAGCUGAUCUUCUGCAAUGGUGUGGUACUUCACCGUAUGCAGUGUGUGAGGGGCUUUGGCGACUGGAUCGACUCCAUCAUGGACUUCUCCCAGAGCCUCCACCGCAUGAAUCUGGACGUGUCCUCAUUCGCCUGCCUCGCAGCACUCGUCAUCAUCACAGAUCGCCAUGGCCUCAAAGAGCCCAAACGGGUGGAGGAGUUCCAGAACCGCCUCAUAACCUGUCUGAGGGACCACGUGACCGGCAGUGGCUCCGACGCGGGGCGGCCCCAGCCCAACUUCCUGUCCCGUCUGCUAGGGAAGCUCCCCGAGCUGCGCACCCUCUGCACCCAGGGCCUGCAGCGCAUCUUCUACCUGAAGCUGGAGGACCUGGUCCCCCCACCACCCAUCGUAGACAAAAUCUUCAUGGAUACCUUACCUUUCUGAAAAGAUGAAGAGGAAUGAUUAAGUGAUGAUGCUGAGGGGACAAACAUAUGAUAAACUGAGGAGGUGAAUAGGGGGCCGUUGUCUGUGUCCAUUACAUUUGGGACUUCUGAGUGUUGAAUGUGGAUAGGAGGCACUUCCCCCCCCCCCCCCCCCCCCCACACUGAAGUGGAAUCGCCCCUUUCCAGUGCACUGACUUGAUGAAAAGUGUCUGAUUCUGCCUCUGGUCCAGUGUCUAAAAGUGAGGACUUAGACUGUAUUUUUCGCACAUUUAGUUUAAUAACAAAAACCUGUGGGUGACAGAAUUGGAUGUUUAUUUUCCAAUCUUUGGAAUUAUCCUGGACAAUUCCUUCAACAAGAGAGAGGAAGACAUGAGAUAACAUUUCUAGUUUUUGGUCUCUUUUGUAAGUGUGACUUUGUAGAGUGGCUUUAUCGCUAUGCAAAAUGUGUACGUUUGUGUUUUUGCACGCUGCAAAAUAUUGAGAGACAGUUGGUGUGUAUGUACAGCUCUGAGGGGGAAAAGCAGGCAUGUUCACACCUGAACACCCACUUAAACCUAAGUUCUCAAAAAUCCUAUUGAGUUUCCAAAUCCCAACACAACUUAAUUUAGUAGCUGUUCAAAGUUGACACAUAGGGAGGCCAACAGUGUCAAACACUGUAGUCUCCAGUCCACUAGCCUUUCUCAAAGACAACUGUUGCGUCCUACAUUUCAAAGUGAGCAUUUUCAGUGAAACCAUAAUAAUAAUAAUAGCCAUUUGUAGUCCUGAUACCACACAUUUACACCUAUAGAAGGUCGGACCAAAGGGUAGCUGUCUAUCUGUCUGCAGUGACAGCUGGCUAUUGUUGUGACAUUUACAGCUCAUCAACCAUAAAGCCUUAAUGUACUUUAAAGGCCCAGUGCAGUCGAAAAUGUGAUUUUCCUGUGUUUAUAUUUAUAUUUUCACACUAUGAGAAUGGAAUAAUACUGUGAAAUUGUUAAAAUUAUGA